CCACAACUCACUUUCUCAGACCGGCGGGGUCAACAUCCAUGCAUCAAACGACCUUUACCGGACAAUACUGACAGUCUUAUGAUUUAAUGAUCUGUAAAUUCCGCAUCGACGAUUCUUACUAGCUUGUUCUUACGCGCACAAGAUUGCAUGACCCUGCACGGCUACCUCACUCUUUGUCGAAUCGAUCGGGAUUACCAAUUCUUCUACAACAUUGACACUAUUCUCUGGUUCACAUAGCCAGUCUGGUUACAAUUUGCGAAAACACUGAGGUGCGGGGUUUAUGUAAUUGCCUGGUCACUAUUCUCCUGAACAUCUUCACUUGCGAUUCACGAUAACGUUCGCAUCGAGCACGUCCACCCCGCCACACCAUCUAUCUCAUCUUGUCGACGACUACUGCAUGGGUGACUUUGUUGCAACAAUACGAUCCUAAGAUAUGCUCACAGAAUGUGAGAGGAAGCUUGGUGAAGGCCUUCUGCGCCUCCCGGCGAAGCACAACUACCGGUAUGGGCCGCAAGCCGAACGAGAUCUUCUCGAGCUUCUCUUCCGUUCACUUUCAGGGUUUAAUGAGGAGCACCUGCGAGAGCUUUUCCCAGAGAGACUUCCUAGCGGUCCGUGGAAGUUGACGGAAGCGCAAGGCGCGAAGGAUGGUGCGGAAUAUACUGAGGCUGCGAGGGGCAAGAGAUGUGGGCAUAUCUUCAGGCCGAAUGAGGCGACAUAUCGAUGUCUCACUUGCGCCUCUGAUGAUACCUGCGUACUAUGCAGUCGGUGCUUCGACUCUUCGGAUCAUACAGGCCAUCAGUAUCAGAUCAGUUUGUCAUCUGGUAAUUGUGGUUGCUGCGACUGUGGUGAUGACGAAGCUUGGAAGGUGCCCCUCUUCUGCGCUAUUCACACAGACACGGGUGAUGCGAAGGGUAAAGAGCGAGCUCGAAACCAACUGUCUCAGGAUUGGGUGGAUAGCAUAAAGACUACGAUCUCAAGAGCUCUGGACUAUUUCUGUGAUGUUAUCUCCUGCUCACCUGAGCAACUCAGGCUUCCCAAGACGGAAGACGGAAUUAGGCAUGAUGAGGAGGCAUCGAGAUUGCGCCCUGGUUGGUAUGGUGAAGGUGACGCUGCUGAGGACGAACCUGAAUUCGCACUGGCUCUCUGGAAUGACGAGAAGCACACGAUCAGAGACGUCUCCCAUCAGGUUACCAGGGCGUGCCGUGAGAGAGACAGCUUCGGUAAUGCAAAGGCCCACGAAACCAACGAUAUAGGUAGAAGCGUCAUCAAGUAUUCCAAAGAUCUGCAGAGACUGUUAGCGGUAUCGAAAGUCAUCGAACAGAUCAAAGUCACAGUGACCGUGCGCUCCUCUCGAGACACAUUCCGAGAGCAAAUGUGUGGAACCAUAAUAGAGUGGCUGGCCGAUAUUGCAGGCGCCAGCGUCAAGGAAGACAAUGAAAUUUUGCGGCGUGUCAUCUGUGAAGAGCUGCUACGGCCAUGGCGACGAGGCAGUGGCGCGUACAACGCGGAUAUUGGCAUGAAGGGAAUUGAUGACCAUGAAAGGAAUGAAAGCGCACCAUACCGUGCGAUAACCCUGACAGUCUCGCCCCAGGGUCAAGUUGUAUUGGCAGCCUCUGAUGAAGAUGACAUGGAGGAGAACGGCGAUGAGCAAGAGGCACAAAACGAAGAAGACGAAGGAGAAGAUGGGGAGGACGACGAGGGCUACGACGAUACCCGGGAAGAAGAUGACGAAGAGUACGAAGAUAUGGAACUGGAUCUCAACAGAAUGCGCGAAGAGGUAGACGAAGAUGAAGAUAUGGAAAUGGGUAACGCUGAUGACGAACUUGAGGUCGCGGAAGCUACAUUAGCUGGAUAUCCGCCCCCUCCUCCACCGCCACCACCACCGCGAUCACAGACCCAAGAUGCUACGCAGCAGUCUGCUACGGAGUCUACUACGGAUGAGAACAGAGUUCCUACCACGGCGUCCAGUGUGCAUAUUCCAAGGACUCCAACUACCUCGGUUAAGCCUACACCUGCCAGGACUCCAAGCCACUGGCAGGUAAAACCACCUGGUCCUGCGACAGGCGAGGUGCCUCCGCAUGAGGAUCUCUGGCAGCGGACUCGUCUUGAUUGGAUGGUCCUCUUUGACCUGAGACUAUGGAAGAAAGCAAGAACUGAUCUUCGCGAUCUCUACAUCAGCACUGUGGUCAACGUCCCUGAGUUCAAGAGGGUCAUGGGUCUGCGCUUAGCUGCCUUAUACACUGCUUUGGCGCAGUUGUACUUGAUUGCAGACAGAGAACCAGACCAUUCGAUCGUGAAUCUCUCUCUACAACUAUUGACUACUCCAUCGAUCACAGAGGAGAUUGUUCAGCGUGGAAACUUCCUUACGAAGGUCAUGGCCAUUCUCUACACGUUCCUGACUACCCGCCAGGUGGGUGAACCUCAUGAAGUCAACCCAACUGCAACACUAGCUUUCGAUGCCGGGUCCGUGACGAAUAGACGUCUGUACCACUUCUUUUUGGAUUUGCGUUACCUUCUCCAGUCUGAAUACGUCCAGCACCGUGUCCGUACAGAGGAACAAUACCUAUUGCAAUUCCUUGAUCUAGUCAAACUUCCGCAGGGUAUCUGUCCCAAUGUACGCGCAGUCGGAGAACACGUCGAAUAUGAGACAGACGCCUGGAUUAGCGCGUCAAUCCUCAUGAGGGAGAUUAACCGUCUCUGCCGUCAAUUCUGCGAGGCAUUCAGGAACCCCGAAGUUGACAAUGGAAAGAAUUUAUUAAGAGCAGUCAAGGCCGCUGCUAUCUCCGCGAUCGUACACUCAACCGGCAUUGAACGCAAGCGCUUCGACCAAGCUGAAAUAAAAGAAUAUGUGCGCUUCAAAUCGCUACCUUGCUUCGAUUUCGAAGUCGAUCCGUCGGGUCAGAUACCCCGACACAGGGUCGUGGAUUUCAUAGUCGAAAAGGGCUCUAUCAGCUUCCACCAUCCUUUGCAUUACAUACUCUCCUGGUUGCUAGAAUGCGGCCGGGGCAUGAGCAGUGCUUUGAUGCACAACGUCCUGUUAGAGGCCGCUCGGGUGGCCAACGAAAUGUAUAUCCACGAUACACAGCUUACCCCGGAGGAUCUUCUUCUGACAAUGUUCGACUUUCCACUCCGGGUGUGUGCUUGGCUGGCACAGAUGAAGGCUGGUAUGUGGGUGCGCAAUGGCCUCAGCUUGCGCCAUCAAAUGUCACAGUAUCGAGGAGUGUCAUCCCGAGAUUUCGCCUAUUAUCGUGACAUCUUCCUACUCCAAACAGCACUAGUUACAUGCGACUCAAGCAGGGUGCUUGCAUCGAUUGCAGACCGUUUCGGGAUGGUAGAUUGGAUGACGCGAGGCUAUGUUCCCAGGCAGGGAUACGAAGACUCUCAGAUAGUCGACGUGGCGGAAGAAUUCGUUCAUCUUCUGAUUAUCCUCCUUACCGAUCGUACUUCUUUGACGGCCAUCGACGAUUCUGUCACUUUCAGCAGGGAGAACAUCAGCCGCGACAUCGCACAUGUCCUUUGCUUCAAGCCCCUAUCCUUCUCGGAUCUAUCGACUCGUUUAAGCGAUAAGCUGCUCGAGACGGACUUGUUCCAGGACGUCCUAGACGAGAUUGCUGUCUUCCGACCUCCGGAGGGCUUAAAUGAUACUGGAACAUUCGAGUUGAAGCAAGAGUACAUCGCCUUGGUAGACCCGUACAGUGCGCACUACACUAAGAACCAGCGCGAUGAGGCGGAAAAUAUCUACAAAGAGUGGAUGGCCAAGAAAUCUGGAAAGAAACCAGCUGAUAUAGUCUUUGAACCCAACCUGCGGCACAUCAGUACUGGGGCAUUCUCCAAGUUACCGCACUUUACCAGGACUUUGAUCUUUGCUCAGCUGGUACACCACUGUCUUGAUUAUGCGAUGUCCUCGAAAGAGAGCACUCCGAACAUCCCUUCCACCCGCGUGGAUACUUUCCUUCAGAUUGUUCUUCAUCUGACACUGCUCGCUACGCUUGAAGAUCCUAGCGACGAAGACGACUCUACGGAAUCGCGCUCUUCCUUCGUCUUGCAUGCGCUAUCGCGCUCAAGGGAGACUCGGGCCGGAAAUCUGACGAUUAUAGGCCUGCUGCAGAAGAUCUCAACCAUGAAUGAGUUUGACGCAUGUGGUCCCAAGAUUCGACACAUUCUAAGAAGAAUGUGGCAGAAACGGCCGAAGGCGUAUUCCGCGGCAACGGCAAACUUGAAAUUCCCUUAUGAUAGGGUUGAUGCCGGUUCCCCUGCCACCAAUACAGAGAGCGAACAAGAGAUGAAAAAGAAGCAGGCUCUUGAGAGGCAGGCAAGGGUAAUGGCCCAAUUUCAGCAACAGCAACAGAAUUUCCUGAAUAGUCAGGGUGCAAUAGAUUGGGGAGAAGAGGACUUCAGCGACAUGGAAUCUGAAGCCGAAGCCGAAGCCCCCUCUGAAGCCAAGAUCUGGAAGUAUCCGAGCGGAACAUGUAUCCUCUGCCAAGAGGAGACAAACGACUCUAGACUGUAUGGUACUUUUGCGUUGAUCCAGGACAGUGGCAUUCUGAGGCAGACAGAUAUCAAGGACCCCGACUAUAUCAGGGAAGUUCUGCGGACACCGUCAAGCUUGGACAAGUCUGCCGACCACAUCCGUCCUUUUGGCGUUGCAGGCGAAAAUCGGGUUACAGUGAAGAGAUUAGACUCAAAAGGUGACGAAGUGAUCACCGAGAAGAUUGGUGUGAGCAAGGGCUUUAACCCAGAGAACACCAUUCGGGGACCGGUAACGACAGGUUGCGGUCAUAUAAUGCACUACUCUUGUUUUGAGGUUUACUAUGCCGCGACGCAGAGGCGGCACAGUCAACAAGUGGCUCGCAACCAUCCCGAGCGUCUGUCCCUGAAGGAAUUCGUCUGUCCUCUAUGUAAGGCUCUUGGAAAUGCGUUCCUGCCAAUUAUUUGGAAGGGCAAGGAGGAAUCGUACCCCGGCGCUCUCAGGACCAGCGGAUCUUUCGAAGACUUCAUCAACACCGGUGUGAAAUCCGCUCUAGAACAACCUCGCACUUACGCUCUUCUGGUGGAGGGUGAUAAGCUGCAGUUACCUGCAUAUCAUGAUAUCUAUGCUGACUAUCUGUCGAAGACGAUGGUACCGCCACUAACUGGAAAGAUUGGCCAACUCAUAGCUUCCUCGCCGCCGUCCAUGCCGCCAAUUCCUGCUCAAUACGUACAGGCGACACGGAUUCAAAUGCCGGGCGUCUUCCCAACUGCAGAAGACCUCACGGCAUCGAGUCCACUUCAGCAAGUCUCUACACCCGGUCACAGCCCCAUGUCAGAGCUCAUGCAAAUAUACAAGAGACUGAAGAAGACUAUCCGAUUGAACAACAUCCAGUCCUCAUUUAGUCAUCCUGCAGAUGCGAUCAACUCCGAUGAAUUACUUCACACUGAUUCCCUCAUACGAAGUUUUGGGUUCAGCAUCUCUGCCUUGGAGAUCGCUCAACGUGGCGUCGAAUCUGAGCCUGGCUCAACUCUACUAGACAAGAUCCCGCAGUUGACGCUCACCCACCUCCGUGUCCUUGCUGAGACAGCUCUGUCAUAUGUCGCAGUCGGUGGACUUCAAAAUGGUGCCAAUGGUAAGAGUCGGUCCGCUCAAGAAUUCCAGGAAAUACAGCGUCAGAAACUCUGCCAGUUGUUUGUUGGUCAUCCUUGCAUGACUGGUACAUCUCUACUAAACGACGUCCGAAAUAUCGAACCUUUGCUGGCAACGGAUAUUUUCAUUUUCAUGGCAGAAUCUUCGCUGUCUCUGCUCCAGAUCCUGAACAUCGACAUCCGCCAUCUAAUUCAGAUGUGUUAUGUGGCGGAGAUUAUCAAAGUGGCAGUCACUUUUAUUCUCUGGCCUCUGGGCUUGAAGGCGGAAUUGGCAGAGCAUGGCGAUGCGUCUUAUCUGCUCGAAGUGGAGUUGUCUGAUGAACGCUAUGCCAUUACCAGGCAUUUCUUUGAUUCGGUCGUCACCGAGCUAAGAUCUAACUCUGUUGGGCGUGCAGAAGGAUCAUCUUUUCCCGCCGAGAGCGGCUACGUGAAAGAAGGCGAGGGGUCUGCGACGCCAGGCAUCAUCAUAGCCUUGAGGCGACUGAUAUCUAGCUAUGCCCUGGCCUUCCUCCGCAAGACAGUGAUCCUUCUGCACGUGCAACAUGGAGUCGAAUUCCCCAACACUGGAUUUGCCGAUGUAGGCACAUCUGAGUUGGAUCGCCUUACCAAGCUUCUUCAAUUACCGACGCUGGACCAGCUAUUCUCAACUUUCUCGCCAGCUAGGAAUACAAAGAAACCAUUUGACAGCGUCGUUUCAGGAUGGAUCUUCCACUGGAAUGCAUCUCGUUCUGGAAUCCGCUUCGAUGACCACAGGCUUUGGCCAAGCCUCUCGCACCCUGCUAUCUUUGAGUUGGUGGGUCUUCCCAAGUAUUAUGAUAUCUUGAUCGAGGAGGCAAACAAAAAGCGAUGCCCGAACUCCAAGAAAGAAUUGAUGGAUCCGAGUAUCUGUCUAUUCUGCGGUGAUAUUUUCUGCUCUCAAGCUGUCUGCUGCAUGGACAAGAAGUUGGGCGGAUGCAACCAGCAUCUUAAGAAGUGCGGCAAGAACGUGGGCUUAUUUAUCAACAUCCGCAAAUGCACCGUGCUCUAUCUCCACAACCACAACGGUUCGUGGCAUUUCGCGCCUUAUCUAGACCGCCAUGGAGAGGUUGAUCCUGGUCUGCGGCGCAACCGUCAGCUCAUUCUGAAUCAGAAGCGCUACGACAGACUUCUGCGUGACGUCUGGCUAUCGCACCAAAUCCCAGCUACCAUCAGCAGGAAGCUAGAAGCAGAUAUCAACAACGGAGGUUGGGAAACUAUUUGAGAUGGACAGCUCUAUGUAAGAAUGAAGAGUUUGGUGGAAUUAUGAUAUUUUGGCCAUGGAAGGCGAAAUGUCAUACUCUUUGGAAGUCAAAUUUCCUUUUGCAUAAUAUCCGCUCUAUUUCAUUUUUUACUUACAUUGGUGGUUCUUCUACUAUGUCUUGAAGUCCUGACGCAACCACUUUACCAUCAUAUGCUCAUUGGCGGAUUUUAAAUUUCAGAUAGCUUUGGACGUUUGCAACUAGGUGUCAGUAAAUAUUCUACACAUAUUCAGAUGCUCUGGGCCCAGAGGAAAAAAUAGAACACAAUCAACUUUUUGUCCGAUCAUCUAGUGUGAUGUUUUAAAUAAACAUUCGGGUCGAAACCAUUAAUGACCACUACUCGUUGUGGUAGAGUGCAUAUUGUAUCCUGAAAGAUACGUCGAAGGAAAACUCAUAAAAGAAUAGACUUCAAUAAGCUCUGACGAUCCGUUGACUCAAAAUAGUUC